GCAAUUGCGUUGCGAGAGUGCGGAGAACAGGUGAUAUUCCUAAUGUCUCAUGAUUUUAUCACUGUCACGUAUUUAAUAGUCUUAAGGACGAUCGUCGAUAUUUAGCAUUUGGCUGUGACAGUAUCAAUUGUGUUAGAAAAUAGGUGAUUUUACAAAGUCAUUUAAAAAAAUGAAUAGUAUUAGAUAAAAUUGUAAUAAGGUGCUCCUCAUUUUGUGGAGCUUAUAUACGAGACACUUACGUGUGUGUUUGAAAGAUGGCUUUUCCACCUUUAGUCAGUUCUACGCCUCCACCACUUGAUAAUUUUGGAGAUUCAGAUGAAGAUGAAUUUGGGGAUUUUACAGCUGGUGGAAUCGAUGGUUUAUCGAUUACAUCAGAUUCACCACAUAAAAUUAUCACUCCCAUUCAAACGCCAAUAAUGUCUGAAAAUGUAUCUCCUAAAGUUAACGGAGUUAAUUAUUCUCCAGGAUCUAAUAACAUGUGCUUGAAAAAUGAUUGUAACAUACUUAAAUGUAAUAUUCCAGAUGACAUAUUAAUUGUUGAGAAGGCGGAAGAUAUUGUGAGCAACAUAGAAUUACACGAUCAUUCAGAUAAUAGUAGUAUUAAAAAAAAUAAUUUUCACGAUGACGAUAAUAGUAUCAUUAAAAAUGAUAAUUUAAAUCUAUGUAGUGAGAAUGAUUUAAAAGCUACAGAAAACAAUAAUGAUACUUACGAUCUUUGUACUCAGGUCAUCUUAGAUGAAGUUAAUUUAAUUAAUAAGAGCAUAGUCAGUAGCAAUAAUAGUAGCUUAGAAAAUAGCGUGAAGACUGUGAGCGAGCAUGAAGGUUCAUUAAAUAAUUUGGAAGUUAAUGACGAUGUAGAACCUUUAAGCCUAGAUUUAGAUGACCCCAUAAAUACAUCUGAUGGAUUACAACAUCUAGACAAUGAUUUUUAUAAUUACGAACAAUUUAAAGAUUCAGCAGACUGGAGUAGUUUUGAUAAUAAUCAAAUAUUGCAUAAAGAAUUGUCCGUUUCGCAAGCUAAUUGUUUUGAUCUGCAAUAUGAAAUUGUAAGCAAUUCAUAUGAUGAUACAAUUAUUAAUACAGACAAUGAUACUCACUUAGACUGCAAAUCGACAGAUGAAAGAAUGAAAAAGAAUGAAAGUAAUAAAAUCGUCAAUGUUACAACAGAUAAGUGUGAAUCUACGCAAAAUAGUAAAACAUUAUCCGAUUCUCUUCCCUUUCAAGACCAGGAUGUAAAAAGUGUAGACGUUCUUCCUCAAUCGGACUGUGAUUUAACUGUUGAGGAGGAUCUCAAAGAAAUUGAAGAUACGUUUGAUAAAAGUGAAACGUUAAGUAACGAUAUUGUAUAUACCUCUUUCAGUUCUGCUUUGGGUAUUGAUAAAACUAUAAGAAAUAAAUCAAAUCUAGAUUGUAAAUUUGUAAAUAACGAUAUUGGUACCUCGCCUAAUCUAUCUUGGAGAGAUAAUACAAAUCUUGAAUCAAAUGCAUUUGAUACGCUGGAAGUAAUUGAAAAUGUUACAAGUGAGAUAGUUAAUAAUAAAAAUAGUAUUGCAAUCAAUGAAAAUACAUUUGCUGUAGAUACAAAUUUAGAUAAUGGAGAUACUUUCAUACAAUCUGCUUUGAUAGAUAAUAAUUCGUUCGAUAAAGAAGAUCCUAAUUUUACAGAUUUCAAAUCUGCUCAAGAUUUUGAUAGAGCGUCAAUGUCCGAGCGCAAUUUAAAUAUCAUAUCUGAUAAUUUAUCUAAUACAGUACAAAUUGAGGAUAACUUAUCCAAGUUGUCGAGUGAAACAGAUUUUCGACAAAAUCUCUCAUCUUUUGUAAACGUAUCACUGCCAACGAAUAAAACAUUUUCUAAUCAUAUUAUACAGGCAGAAUGUAGUGAUUUAAAAAAUCAUUCGGAUUUGGAACGUGCCACUUAUAACAGUAGAACUUGUAUAAACAAUUUCGAAAAUGAUGAUUUUUCUGAUUAUCAAGAAACAUUAAGAGAAAAUCAAAUGCCAACAAAUAAAAAGAGCGAUACCUUUACAAUACUUUCUAAACCAGAAAUCGCAGAUGAUGAUUUUGGGGAUUUUACGAAUUUUUCAAGCGUGGGAGAUGAAUGGACAUCUAACGUAGUUGAUCCCAAAGUACCUGAAAUUGAUGAUGACUUUGGAGAAUUUAAUAAUUUUGAAUCUUCAAACAGUACAGUAGAAACACAACAGUUUAGUUUGAGAGAAUCUAUGUGUCGGAUAGAAAAUAAGAAUGCUGCAAACAAGAUAGAAGAUAUAGUAACAAAUAUGUUUAGCGUGAUGCCUACGCUUCCAGAAACCGAUUUAAAACCUUUAAUUACAAAAACAGAUAAAAUCUGGCAGUGCUUGAAAAAUGUAGAAGAAACUAAUGCUUUAACUUAUCAAUGGUCUAAUAGUACUAGUAAUAAUGUGCUUUUAAAUGCACUCGGCAUUGAUUCGCGUAACAUUUUAUUUGGACCAAGGUGGAAUUCUAGUGUUCCAAGGUUCGCAGCUAAUCUCGGCUUUACACCAUUGGAACCAAUAAAGGCAUCCGUCGAUUCUCCACCAUCAACUGCAAAUAAAAUGCAAGGAGUGUCUACUUCGGAUGAAGUACCUGCUGCCCAAUUUGAUUGGAAUAGUUCUGGUCUUGUAAAUCCUUUAGAUGCUAGUGGUGGGUUAUCAGCUCUUCUACCAUUGGAUUUAUUGUGUCCGUUUGACCCUCUACUAACACCCCACUGUUCCACAUAUUCCGAAUCCUAUCAUCAAACAGCUGCUUAUACACGGGACUCCAUAUAUUAUUAUUCAUCAGAUCCAACCGUAAUCACUGAGAACAGCAAUUUACAAUCCAUAAAAAUAUCAAAUAAAAGUACAUUGAAUCCUUUCAAUAGUGGAUUGAACGAUAGCAUAAAAUCUCAGAAACAACAAAUGCAAACAGGGAAAAUGAUCGAACCUCUACCAGGUCCACACACGAUCGAUUGGAAAUUGAAAGAAGAACACGAUGUAAGUGGAGGAGGAGGAGCAGCAGGAGGAAUAGGAGGAGUAGGAGGAGGUGGUGGUAGUGGUAAAGGAAAAAAUUAUCAACAAAAAGUAUUAAAAAAUGCUCCAUCAGUAAAUAAUAAAUCGUUCCUAGUAAGUAGCAGUGCUACAAAAAGUCAAGAUUCGUAUUAUAGAAAAUCGUCAUUAUCAAGAAGAGAACAUUUGCAAAAUGCGGAACAUGUAACCGUCGACAGGUUUGGUAGACCAAUGUCCGUGCAUGCAGAGACUAUCAAAGUUUUGAACCAAUUGCCAGAUUUAUCAUUUUUAAGUGCUAGAACUUUAUUGUAUAAUCGUGAGCAAAAGCAAAUAGUUCAAGACUUGGGUGCCAUGAUAAAUCGGAAAAUGCCUGGCUGAGUAACGUCGGUCUGAAUACGAGUUUGAUAAGGUAACACGAACAGAAUGGAAAAUAAAUUUUUAAUAGAUACUCUAAACAAUCAGUAUAAUCAAAAAACAAGAAAACAAAUACUUCUGCUACCUUUCAAACCUGUGUUCAGACCAACCUCUGAUCCAUCUUGGCUCUUCCAUGUUGGUAUCAUUGAAGAUGUUAUGUCAUAAAUGAUAUAACUGAUGCUUGGUAAUUUACUACUUAUAUUGGCACACAACAAUGCACUUGACAUUCCAAGAUAUAUGAUUGUUUGUGAUUAUUAACUAUGGUUGUUAUUAUAUAGUUAUCCAUCAAAGUAUUUCAAAUUUGUUCUAUUAUUAUUCUAAUUUUUAUUAUCUUGUUUGUUUGAUCGGACAAUCGUCGAUUAGUUUUAGGAAAAUAUACGUUUAAUUUUCUUUUAAAUAGGCCACACAUUUCAGUUACAAAAUUUAGUAUGUGAAAUAGAACAUGAGAGAUAUUUGUUAAUAUUUGGUUUUACCCCCUGUUCUAGUCUACAUUACAAAUUGGAUGAAGUUUUAACACAUGGUGUAUUUGCAUGCGUGUGGUAAAUUUUGUUAAAGACAUACCCAUUGCAAAUCUUUACCUAAGAUAAUACCUAAGAGCUUAAACUCUUUAAAGUAUUAUCGUAUGAUUCUGUAUUUACGAUAUUGCAUGUUGCUGCCUUUGCAACGUGUUUGUAUAUUAGAAUAUUUAAAAAGAAGAAAAAGAAAAUAAUGAGCAAAAGACAGAUAGAUAAUUUUCCAUGCAAAUAUAUUACUUUUACACUCGAAUAACACUGUUAUCCCUAUUCCAAUAUAGAAUAAUUAUUCUAUUCAUAAAUAUUCAUGUCAGUUAGGGCAGAAAAUACUUAAGCGAGGAAAACAGUGGCUAUGGUUCAAUUUAAUCGAGAAAGAAAGAAAAAUAAUGCAUUCUUCUUAAACUGUUAGUGAAAAAAAGUAUUUCGAAUUAUGAUGUAUAUAACACAAAUGUUCAUAUAUACACAUAAACAUGUAUUUUUAUUUUUUAAAUGCUAAGUGAAAGAGAGUGCAUAUUUUUCUUUGCUUCAAUUAUUUUAGACAUGGUCUGCAUACUAAUUAUAAGUCAAUUACUUUAAAUCCAAACCAGUUUUAACUGUUAAUAUAUGUGAUAAAUUUGUCAAGAGACGAUAUUAGAUUGCUCAACUUUGUCCCCUGACAUAUUUAUUACAUUUUCUCAAUUUCUAUAUAAAAA